CAUAACAAUGCCAGCGUCGUCAGUCGGCUCGAACAGGUGAUAGGUAUCGAGAACUUCUUCAAAAUGAUGAGACGAACUUUGUUCAAACACACGCGAUCGUUUACAUGUUUUAAUGUUUCGAUCGAAGCUAAACGGUACAUGUGCUGGCGAGGGAUGACUUCGCUGGCGGAGGUCCUGCAACCGGAGUUGGAUUCCAUCAGGGAAGCUGGCACCUGGAAAUCGGAGAGGAUUAUAUCUUCGGCCCAAAGCACCAUGAUUUCGUUGAACGAUGGGAGAAAAGUGCUCAAUUUUUGCGCCAACAAUUAUUUGGGACUGUCGGACAACAAACAAGUCAUCGAAGCGGCGAAAGAAGCACUCGAUAAGUACGGCGCAGGUCUGAGCUCGGUUCGUUUUAUUUGCGGCACCCAAAACAUUCACCGCGAGUUGGAGAAAAAAUUGGCCGUCUUUCACGAUCGAGAGGACGCGAUUCUCUACGCUUCCUGCUUCGAUGCGAACGCUGGGAUUUUCGAAACGCUACUCACGCCCGAGGACGCGAUACUCAGCGAUGAGCUCAAUCAUGCAUCGAUUAUCGACGGCAUCAGGCUUUGCAAGGCUAAAAAAUUUAGAUACAAACACAGAGACAUGGCAGAUUUGGAAGCGAAGCUGAGGGAGAGCUCGGGGGCGCGGUUACGAUUGAUCGCCACUGAUGGUGUGUUCUCCAUGGAUGGGACGGUCGCACCAUUGCCCAACAUCAUCUAUCUGGCAAAGAAGUAUGAUGCCCUGACGUUCGUCGAUGACUGCCAUGCCACUGGAUUUUUCGGCAAGACUGGAAGGGGCACGGAAGAAUAUUUCGACUUGUUGGGUAACAUUGAUAUGAUAAACUCUACCUUGGGCAAGGCUCUUGGUGGUGCAUCCGGUGGAUACACGGUGAGCAAAAAGCCACUGAUUGAUCUAUUGAGGCAAAGAAGUCGACCGUACCUGUUCUCCAAUUCGUUGCCACCGCCUGUAGUUGCAACUGGCAUUAGGGUGCUCGAUCUUAUAAGCGAGAGCUCUAGUUUUCUUAAGAACUUACAACACAACACCCGACUCUUUAGGGAUAAAAUGACAGACGCUGGGUUUAAAAUCAGUGGGGACAAUCAUCCCAUUAGCCCAGUAAUGCUCGGAGAUGCCAAGUUAGCCAGCACUUUUGCUGACAAAAUGCUAGAAAAGGGAAUAUACGUCAUUGGAUUCAGUUAUCCUGUUGUUCCUAAGGAUAAAGCAAGAAUAAGAGUUCAGAUAAGUGCAGCUCACACGACAGAAGAAAUCGACAGAGCUGUUGACGCGUUCGUUGAAAUUGGAAAGGGCCUUGGAGUCAUUUGUUGAAAAAAAAA